UGCUUCUGCCGUGGAGGACGUCCUCCUUCACGGAGACCUCCUCCUCACCGUCAUCGAGGCCUGCCGUCUCCCCAACAUGGACUAUUUCUCCGAGCACCUCCGCCGUUGCUACACUUCCUGCUGCCCGCCCAUCCCCGGCUCCACCGCUUCGAAAUCCGGUUCUGACGCAACACAGCACCACCAGAACCACCACCACCGAAAGAUUAUCACCAGUGACCCCUACGUCACCGCCUCCCUCGCCGGAGCCACCGUCGCCCGCACCCGUGUAAUUUCCAACUCCGAGGAUCCCGCUUGGAACGAGCAUUUCAACAUCCCCGUUGCCCACCGCGCUUCAACCCUCGAGCUCCAGGUCAAGGACAAUGACGUCUUUGGCGCGCAGCUCAUCGGCAUCGUUUCCAUCCCCACUGCCCGUAUCGCCGCCGGCAAGAAGAUUCAGGACUGGUUCCCUAUAAUCGGUCCCAAAGGAAAGCCGCCGAAGCCGGAGACCGCUCUCCACCUUUCCAUCGAGUACAUUCCCGUCGAGGAGGAACCAGAGUACCAGCACGGGAUAGCUGGGGAUCCCGAGCAGCUCGGGGUGAGGAAUACCUACUUCCCGCUUCGGAAAGGGGGGUCGGUCACGCUCUACCAGGAUGCUCAUGUGCUGGACGAUGAGCUACCGGAGGUGACGCUCGAGAAAGGUGCCGUCUUUAAGCACGAGAAAUGCUGGGAGGAUAUCUGUCAUGCGAUUCUUGAGGCACAUCAUCUGAUUUAUCUCGUUGGCUGGUCGAUAUAUCACAAGGUGAAACUGGUGAGAGAGCCGACACGGCCGCUGCCCGACGCUGGUAAGCUCACACUAGGGGAUCUGCUCAAGUACAAGUCGCAGGAGGGGGUGAGAGUCUGCAUGUUGGUUUGGGACGACAAGACAUCUCAUGACAAAUUAUUCAUCAAGACGGGAGGUGUAAUGCAAACUCAUGAUGAGGAAACUAAAAAGUUUUUCAAGCAUUCCUCAGUUAUUUGUGUGUUAUCUCCACGAUAUGCCAGCAGUAAGCUUAGCAUUGUCAAGCAACAGGUGGUAGGGACCCUUUUCACACACCAUCAGAAAUGUGUAUUGGUUGAUACACAGGCUUCUGGAAAUAUGAGAAAGAUAACUGCUUUCAUAGGAGGUCUUGAUCUUUGUGAUGGUCGGUAUGAUACACCAGAGCAUAGACUUUUUCGUGAUCUUGACACAACCUUUUUAAAUGAUUUCCAUAACCCCACAUUCGCUGCAGGAAUUAAAGCCCCAAGACAACCAUGGCAUGAUUUACAUUGCAAAAUUGAAGGUCCUGCAGUUUAUGAUAUCCUGAAGAAUUUUGAGCAGCGCUGGCGGAAGGCAACAAGAUGGCAGGAAUUUAGUCUAUGUUUCAAAAAUCCAUCCGGCUGGCACGAUGAUGCUCUAAUAAGACUUGAACGAAUUUCAUGGAUACUUAGUCCUUCACCUUCUGUUCCAGAUGAUGAUCCAAGUCUAUGGGUUUCCCAGCAAGAAGAUUCUGAACAAUGGCAUGUACAGGUCUUUCGAUCCAUCGACUCUGGAUCGGUAAAAGGUUUUCCCGACAAUGUCCAAGAAGCUUCAAAAAUGAAUCUUGUCUGUCGAAAGAAUCUGGUAAUUGAUAAGAGCAUCCACACAGCAUAUGUAAAGGCAAUCAGAUCUGCCCAACAUUUCAUAUAUAUUGAAAAUCAGUAUUUUCUUGGUUCUUCAUAUGGUUGGCCAUCUUAUAAGCAUUCAGGUGCUGAUAAUCUGAUACCGAUGGAGUUAGCCCUAAAAGUUGCCAGCAAAAUUAGAGCCAAUGAGCCAUUUGCAGUUUAUGUGGUUAUACCAAUGUGGCCUGAAGGAGUUCCAACUACAAAUGCUGUGCAAGAAAUUCUCUUUUGGCAGGGCCAGACAAUACAGAUGAUGUAUGAAAUUGUGGCACGGGCUCUUAAAUUCAUGAACCUUGAAAAUGCACAUCCACAAGAUUAUCUUAAUUUCUAUUGUCUUGGAAAUCGUGAAGAAGCGCCAAAAGAUAACUUGCAACAAGAUGAUCAGUCCUUGGAAAAAAUCCCGGAGGUAUAUGGAUAUAGGAUGUCAUUGUGGGCAGAACAUCUCGGUAUGAUAGAUGACCGUUUCAAGGAACCCAACAGUUUGGAGUGUGUAAAGUUUGUGAACAAGAUAGCUGAAGAGAACUGGUCGAGAUACACUGCAGAGGAAAUAACACCACUGACAGGUCACCUACUGAAAUACCCUGUCAAGGUGGAAGCUGAUGGCAAGGUCGGGCCCCUGCCCAACCAGGAGUGUUUCCCUGAUGUCGGUGGCAAGAUUCUAGGAGCUUAUACUGCUCUUCCUGAUACACUCACCAUGUAGCUAGUUUCAGUUCUUGAAAGUUAUCUCAAAUCCACCAACACAAUAAAGUUUCUGUAAGAAUAUAUUAUUUGAAAUAUUGUCCUUGUGUAACAUUAUGGUGGAGGAGAGAAGGUUUGAAGUGUUGUAGUGUUGUUCCUGUAUAUGUUAUUCUCCUUUUGUCUUCUACAAUUUGUAUUGAGCUGCAACUUUGACAAAUAAAAUUGAGGUUGUAAAUGGAUUACUA